CGUGUGAGAAUCGCCAUUUUGGAUUAGUUUAAUCAUGUGAGAGCUGCGAGUUGAUCGUGGAAUCGAAAGAAAGCUUCCGGGAACUUUGCAAAUAACGUGUCUUUACGAGACAUGGGGAGAACGGGAUCUGCAAUGCAAUUCAGCUGCUAUAGGCUGGGACUGAUAUUCUUCAACAUCAUUUACAUGAUUGUAGGCUUUGUUCUUAUCUUAUCGCCAGUGUAUUCUAAAAUAACAGAUCUCUUCACAAGUUGGCCUAUAGUAGGUGGAACAAUAGCAUGUGGCGUGUUCAUUAUGUUGAUAGCCUCAGCUGGUAUUUAUGGAGCAGUUAAGCAUCACCAGAUUGUUCUGUUUUUUUAUAUGGCAGUCAUGUGUCUCAUAUUUAUCAUCCUUUUCUCUGUAUCUGUGGCGGCACUUGCAAUAACAUCAAGCCAACAGAGGACUGUACUGAGGAAGGCCUGGGGAUCUUUUAGUAACAUAACAAAACAAGAUGUUCAAACGUUUGGAGACUGCUGUGGCUUUGAAAACAUAAGUGUUACCAGCAAUCAUCCAACUUGUGAAGAUGUACGUUUUCAGUUGAACCUCUAUUUUAGUCCCAAGAUUUUUCUCGAUAAAAUUCUGUAAAUAAAAGCCCUAUUAACUAGUCACCUCUAUUAAGCAGCCACAGCCACCGUUUGGUCUUUUUCAUAGGGUUUUGUGCUCUGCUUACCCCUAUAAAGCAGCCACCCAAAAUUAAAUAUUACACUUAGGCCCCAUUUGCACCAACCAAAUUUGGUAAAUUAAAUCAGGUUCCAGUUUUUCCUAAAUGUUGAUCACACUUUGCAGUCAUUUUGAGAAGACAAAUUUCAAACCACUGUGUUAACAUAUUUUCAUCAAACAGGGUUUUACCUUGUCAAGUUGUGUGUGUACGUUAUUA